AGAUAACUUUUUGAAGAUUCUAAUGCAAAUAUUACAUUUAAAAUUACUCCAAUUGGAUAAAUAGUAAUAUCAGAAUAAGAGUAAACGUAAGCAGAAUAAAUCAUGUUAGUUUAAUAGCAAUUUAGUUUAAUAUUUCUUAUUUUAAUUCCAAUUUCAAUUGUUACCAAUUUAUUUGAUUAUUUAUGGGCAGUAUUAGAAAUUUUGAGUUGGGUGAAUAACUUUUAUUUUUUAAAUGUAAACUAUCCAUUUAAUGUAGAAGUAUUAUUAUUAAAUAGUGAUUGGUCUUCAAUUAUCAACUUUCCAACUUAUUAAGAAUUAAAUUAACCUGGUUGUGAUUAUUACUUUCAAGCUCCAAAAAGAUUUUAAGAUAAGGGAAUAGAUCCACUUUUUAUUAAUAAUGCCUAAAUUCCUUUUAUGUUUAUUUUAUCAGCACUAAGCCUUUAUUUAAUCAAUUAUAUAUUUUUAGUGUUUUUUAGUUAUCUAAAUUUGUUCUUCAAUAAAGAAAUAAAAUUAAAUAGAAAGCGUUUUAGCAUUUUUAAUUUAUAAGUCAUAAAAAAAACAGUCAACACUUAAGUUAAACCAAUUGAUUAAGUUUAAGUUGAAAACAAAUAAUAUAUUUAACGCAUAAUAACUUUUUUAAGUUUUACUUCAAAUGGAUUUAAAAAUAAAAUAAAAUAAACCUUAACUUUAUGUUUGCUAGAUAUUACAUUAGCUUGCAUGCUAUAAUUUACUUUUUCGAAGCCUGACUCAAAUAUUAUUGUAGGAGUUAAUUAAUUAAUGGCAUUCUUUGCUACUGGCUUAAUUUUAUUUUAGUUAUUUUAAUCAUAUUUUGUAUUAAAUAUUCAUAAGUGCUUAGCAGAAAAUAAAUAGUUUUAAGAAAAAUAUGAGAUUUAUUAUGAAAAUAUCAAUACAGAUGAUUCCUUUGGAUAUUAUUAUAAUUUUUUUGGGAUUACCAGAAAGAUUACUUAUGUUUGUUUUUUAGUACUUUAUUAUUACAUCCCAAUCCUUUAAACUUUAUUCUGUUUUAGUUCAACUUCAUUGGGAUUUUUUCUUCUUUGCUAUAAAAAUCCAUAUAACUUCAAUUUAACUUUGAUUCAUUUAAUAAUUGUUAUAAUUUCAAUUAGCGAUCUAAUAAAUAUCUAAUUUAUUAAAGAGAAUAUAAUAAACUUAGGAUGGGUAAUUAUUUCAUUAAUUCUAUUUUCAAUUCUAAUAGAAAUUUGCUCGUUAAUUUAAGGCAUACUACAAUAUUUUUAUAAUUGCUUCGUUUUUAUAAAAAUUUAGGAAAGAAAUAAGACUAGGCCAAAGAAAAUAAGAUUAUAGAAGAGUAAAAGUAAAAUGUAGAACGAAAAUAGUAGCAAGUAAUUAAUAAAGGAAGCAAUAUAAAUCGAAAUUUAUCACGCAAUCAAAUAUUUGAAUAAAGAAGAUUUUUCUUUCCAAUUUGAAAUAUAUAUUAUUAUUGACUAUUUUUUUAGAAUUUUUGCUAUUGUUUAAUUUUAUGAUUCUAUUCAUAUUUGGUUUUUGUAUUAUCUUUACUUAAAUUUAUUUUAAUUUAGUACUGUAAAACAAGAACAACAAAAAUCAAAAUUUUUUUGA